GGUACCACCUUUUCAGCGCCACUUGAGAUCAGUCAAAACGCUCGUUAAACUUGAGGAGACGAUAGUCCGUUUAAGUGGGCAAUGGCCAGAUAGUGCGGCGCUUGCACCGUUAAUAGGGCUGAACAGGUUUCUCAAAAAAUUUAGAAUUAGAAAUCUCAAAACCCCCAGCUUUAUGUUUGAUUUUCUUACUCCCAGUAGAUUUUUAUCAAACAUUUGGCGUGCCAUCGAUUCCACAUUAAGAUGAUUUCAAAACUUUCAAUCUUUUAACAUAAUCCAUGAACUCAAUGAGAACAUCUCUGAAUCCCAAACGUGGGUUCUCUUCAUCAUCUUCAAUUCCAUGGAUAUCUCCACUCCAAAUCCUAAAACCUUCAUCACCAAAACCAGACCCACCUCCAUUAGAACUUCCCACUUCUCUAGAAGAAGAACAAUCACAGAGAAGAACAAAGCCCAAAUUCAUUACACAUGAUUUUGCCAUCACCACAAUUAAGAAAGAAGAAGACCCUCAAAGAGCUUUAGAGAUUUUCAACAGGGCAUCAAAACAAAGAGGGUUCAAUCAUAACCACAAUACUUACUUUACAUUACUUCACAAGCUUGCUCAGUGCAAGAAAUUCAAUGCUGUUGAUUCAGUUCUUCAUCAAAUGAGAUACGAAACUUGCAAAUUUCAAGAAGGUUUGUUUCUUAAUUUGAUGACCCACUUCUCUAAAUCUUCAUUACAUGAAAGAACACUUGAUAUGUUUUACUUAAUUCAACCAAUUGUUCGCGAAAAACCGUCUCUUAAAGCUAUUAGUACAUGUCUUAAUUUACUUGUUGGGUCUGGUAGACUUGAUUUAGCAUGUAAACUUCUUUCUGAUUCGAGAAAAACAUUUGAUUUGAAACUUAAUACUUGUAUUUAUAACAUAUUGGUUAAGCAUCAUUGUAAGAAUGGUGAUCUUGAUAUGGCUUUCAAAGUUGUGACUGAGAUGAGUAAAGCUGAAGUUAGUUAUCCUAAUUUGAUUACUUACUCUACUUUAAUGGGUGGUCUUUGCAAAAUGGGGAGAUUAAAAGAAGCAAUGGAAGUGUUUGAGGAAAUGGUUUCAAAGCAUAAGAUUUUGCCUGAUGCUUUAACUUACAAUAUUUUGAUUAAUGGGUUUUGUCGAGGAGGAAAAGUCGAUCGAGCUAGAAAGAUAAUGGAGUUUAUGAGAAAGAAUGGAUGCAAACCAAAUAUGAUUAAUUACUCAUCUCUUAUGAAUGGGUCAAGUAAAGAAGGAAAAUUGGAGGAGGUGAAAGAAAUUUUUGAAGAAAUGAGAAGUUCUGGAAUGGAAGUCGAUGCUGUUGGUUAUACUACACUCAUUAGUUGCUUCUGUAGAGCUGGGAGAGUUGACGAAGCAAUGAAUGUGUUUAAGGAGAUGAGGGGGAAAGAUUGCCGAGUUGAUGCUGUAGCGUACAAUGUGAUACUUGGGGGUCUCUGUAGGGAAAAAAGGUUCAGCGAGGCUCUGGGGAUGCUUGAGAAGUUGCCUAAUGAGGGUGUACGUCUGAACAAAGCGAGUUACAGGAUAGUAUUGAACUUCUUGUGUAAGGAGAGAGAAAUGGAGAAGGUCAUGGAUUUGUUAGGUUUGAUGCUUGGAAGAGGAUUUAACCCUCAUUUUGCGACUUCGAAUCAGAUUUUGGUGAAUCUAUGUGAGGAAGGUAAGGUGGUUGAUGCAACCAUGGCAUUGCGUGGACUAUUAGAAAUCGGGUUUAAACCAGAACAUGAAUCUUGGGCUCACUUAGUUAAUUCCUUGUCUAGAGAUAGGAAACUGGUGAUGGCAUUUGAGCUACUGGAUGACUUGGUUACUGAAGGGGUGUGAAACCUGACAGGAUUUUGGAGGCUCAGACGUUGAGAUUAUGGAAUGUGGAAGGAUGACCAAAAACUAUACCUGUAUUUAUGCUUGGGAGUGUAAAAGGAAAUUUUUACUCAUUUUGCCAUGGCUAGGCUUGUUUAUAUUUCUUGUCUAGGCACUAUUGUGUUAAAACAUAGCUGCAUCAUGCCACCUCGACAGCCCUGCUUCAUCAGUUCUUAUAAUCAGGUACUUCAGGGGAAGUUAUAUGAAUGAGAGUGAGACUUGCUUCAUUUUCUGAUCUUGGCGCCAAUGUUAAACUGUUGGGAACUGCUCCACCAUAUCUGCAGCUGGUAGUAGAUUUGGAUGCUUGGUUUGUGGCAGCUCCCAUUUUAUGUAUUAGAUUUGGAUGCUUGGUUUGUGGCAGCUCCCAUUUUAUGUACUUCACUCGCUUGAGACUGCAAUCAAGGUAUGCAUGGGUGAUCGAAGGAUGGUCCAGGAUUUUGUUAACAGGUUUAUAAUGUUGUGUCAGAAGUUGAGAACUGGGGCUGAACUAUGCUACAGAUUAUCUCUAGUUUCCAGGGUUCAAACUGUUUUCUUGUUUCAGUUUGAAGAGUUCCUGUAAUUGCCUGAAAACUUGAGUUUUACCACUCAAGUUUUUCAGAGAACUGGUGGUUAAUCUUGUUUGUUUCUCACUGUA